AUGCUUUUCCAAUUGUGUCUAUUAAUUAAUAAUGUGUUUUCUUCAACUCUUUUUGUGAAAAGUCCAUGUAUUCCCAACUUACGAGUUGAAAGUCUGAACUAUUUGGGUAUCAGUGGUGAUGCUGGCACUCAUGCCAAAAUCACACGAGAUUGUAACAAAGAAAUUCCAAACAAAGAAAAAGAAGUUUUAGCUCUUUCCUCCCACACAAACUGUUAUGUCUCGGAAGACAAUUUUUAUCGUUAUGUCAAAGGAAUAAAAUACCCACAAUGUGGUGCAUGUGUAGAGCUUGUUGGGCCAAGUCUCAAGAAAGCUGUUUGUACAAUAGUUGGGGCAUUUUCAAUUGACCCAACAAACAACAACGAAAUUUCGGACUUUUCGAAUUUGUUUCCAAACGGAACUGAAAAUUUCCAAAAUGCAAAACUCCCAAAUUUAGUCAAAAAAAUUGAUAUUCAAAAAUAUUCCAACAAAAUGGAAAAUUCCAAAACUUGGGACUUUCAAAAUACACCACAAGAAAAAAUUUCCAAAAAUCGUGGAAAAAAUUCAGAUUCAAAUUUGGAAAACCAAGAUACGAAAGAAACGACGAAACGUACAUUUUUUGUAAAUAACGACCUCUUUAGAUUUCUUGCGGGGUACGAGGACAACAAAGCUGAUAUAGGAGUUUCCAUCCCGAUUGUUGCGCAAUUCGUAAAUUGUCCUUCAAAAACGCCUCCCUGUGCUGUGAUGACGAAAGAGACAAAACAAUCGAAUGGAACGAGUUUAGCCCAUGUCUCUAUAUUCAACACAAACCAACUUACUUUAAAAGUCGAGUAUAAUAACAACUUUUAUUACUUUGACGAGAACAUGCAGUUUAAUAUACUUUUCGAAAGGACGGAGAACCAAAAAGACUUUUUAAGAGUUCACGACAUCUUUGGAGGAAGAGUUGUGAUUCCAUUUUCCUUUGAAAUUAAUCAGACAUAUCAGUCCACAACUAUUUCACAACAAUAUUAUAUCAUCGAAGAUAAUUGUUCCUUGGUGUUGAGUAACCAACUGUUUGUGACCAAAGAAAACGACGACCCCGCCAUGAUUUGGGGCGUCAGACAUCACGACAAUGACGAUUUGAAAAAGAGCGUAAUAUUAAAUAACACAAGAGACGUGUUGUUUAACAAAACUGUCUACCUUUCAACUGCUUUUCCAUUUCCUAUUAAAAUAUCAAAACAUUAUGCCAUAUUGAAUUUAAAACUGGAAACAACAGUGCCACUCAUUGAAAUACCAUUGUUGCAAAUAUUUUCGUAUGUGGGGAAUACGUCCACUAUGGAGGAAGUAAAGUGUUCGAAAGACUUUAUUUAUAGAAGAAACGUGACGUAUAAAAAUGGAGUGUAUUAUAUUGAUGCAAGAUCAUCAAUGACAAUGGCUCGAUGUUAUUCACAAAUGAAUCUUAUGCUUAUAAAAUACGUUUCAAAUCAAGUCGGAAAAGUCUCAAUUACACACUUUUCUUUCGACCAAGCUUAUCCACUCAACUUUACAAUGUGCUCAGUUGAAGAUUUGAGAUGCACAAAAGAUGACGAGUGUGAUCCAACAAAUUCCACAAUUGAUUCUGAGGAUGGAAAAAUAAGGGUCUUCAAAAAAGGAUGUAUUCCGUUUUGUGGGAUCUGUUCAAAAAACGAGGUGUGUAACAAAAAUGCAAAAUGUGUGACAAAGAAAACAAUGAAUACAAGAAAUUGUGAAUCUACACUUUUUAUGUUGUUGACUGUUUUAUUUAUUGUUUUGGUGUAG